AGCCACCAGCGGUUCCUCAAAUUGCACGCAGAAAUGCAGCUGUCAAUCGUGGAAGACAACUUGGUGAUCUACGUGCCAUUCGUAGUCAUAGGCGUAGACACCGUGGGGGCGGUGGGGGCGACCGCCCCCACCGGGAAAAUUUGGCCCCCACCGGGAAAUCCUCCAAAAAAUGUAUUUUUUAAAUCAAAUGAAAAUAUAAUUACGCUUUUUCGUCUUUAAACCAUAUUUUUUUACUAUUUUACUGAAAAAUAUUAAAGUAGAGUAGUAGACGUGUUGGCUAUAAGAAAUUUAAACUGGCAACGCUGGGACACCUAUUGUUUAUUUCUUUACUUCUCUUCUGCUCUGCUCUUUCAAAUUUCUAGAGUUGAAUUUUCCUUGUUAUUAGAGCACAAUGCACGUGAAAACUGCGGAGUGUUUCAGUAAAUUUGUGGCUUGCUGAACAGCCAUAGUGUUUGUGAUUUACUAGUGUAAUAGUGUACGUCUUACGUCAUGUAAGUGAGUAGUGACGUGUAAUAUUUAGAUUCGUUUGCAAGUUUUUAUGGUGAAAUGGAUAAAUUCGUUAUCCGAUCAAAGAAAAACAGUUCUGAUUUUCAAUCAGUACCAGCUGUUACAGUAUCCCCGUGUAGUAACAGUGAAGAAAUAGUUGACGUUCACGAAGAUUUUAAUGAACCAGUACCAUCUGGGUUAACAGACCAAGUUUCAGAUAGCCUGAGUGAUGUAAUACCUUUGAGUCAAUCUCAUUGUGCUUGUGCUCGUGCUGUUGCAGAAGCUUCUGCAUCAAAAUCUAAACAAAAUCCUUAUGGACGGCGGUUCAUUCCGAAAUGGACAGAGACAUUUUGGUGGAUAGAAUACCGGCUCCCAUUGCCUCGCGAAUCUAGAGAGAAGGAUGCAUUUCAAGCUUUUGUAGAAAAGGGAUUUGAUAGAUGGAAAGAUGCUAUCGAGAGAUUUAAAAUCCAUGAACGAUCUGCUCUUCACCUAGCCGCCGUUUCCGGCCCACUUGAUGCUGAAAAAACCCCAAUUUCUGCCACUUUCUCAAAUAUUCUUAAAAGGGAUAUGGAAGAUAACAGAAGUGCACUGAAGCGAAUUUUUUCGAGUAUACGAUACUUGUGCUUGCAAGGCUUAGCAAUUCGAGGCAAAACAGAAGAGACAUCUAAUCUUCGCCAACUACUUAUCGAGAGAUCUUUGGAUUAUCUUCCAUUGCAAAAAUGGUUGGAAAGGCCAGAAAAAUACAAAUGGCUUUCACCCGAAAUUUGUAAUGAAAUCAUCAUGGAUUUUUCUCUUGCAACCCAAAGGGACAUUGUUGCAACUUUGCAAAGUAGAGUUUACUUUGGUCUGAUGCUUGAUGAAUCGUCAGAUAUAUCAGCUAAGGAACAGGUUUCCAUAUAUGCUUUCGAACAGUCGAUGACGACUUUGAAAUCUAUGAAGAUAUUUUAGGAUUUUAUGAAACGGCCACAACCAAAAGCGCGGAUCUCUUUAAUAUUGUGAUGGACACCCUGAAAAGGCUGAGGUUUCCAGGAAUACCGAUAUUGCCAACACCAUGUCUCUUGUGCAGAAUUUCAUUGCAUUUGCCAGAGGAUCUCCAAAGCGCUUAGCUUGGUUCCAUAACUUCCAGGAUCAAAAUGAUAAUGCAGAUGCCAAUGGAACAUCGUUUCGUCCCUUUUGUCCAACUCGGUUUAUUAUGCGCAAGAUAUCAAUCAUAUCCAUCACUAGUAAUUAUUCUUCCCUCAUUGAAUGGCUACAAGACCUUGAAACAAAUGAAGAUUUCGUCAAAUGUAAAGCCGAAGCUGCAGGAUUUUUAGCAUCGUUCCAGAGAUUUGACACAUUUUUUAAACUCGAAAUGCUGCGACAAAUUUUUACAACGUUGGAGGAUGCAAACACCCAGUUACAAGGAGCCCAGUUAAAUUUCCAGCGAGCAGAAGCCGUUAUUGAAGCAUUGAAAAAGGUUUUCAUAGAUGUCAGAUCCGAAGAACGUUUUGAUGUCCUGUGGACGUCGGCUGAAGCUUCAGCAAAAUUUUAUGAUUUGGAUGAGCCGGAAUUGCCCCGUCAAAGAAGACCUCCGGCGAGACGCACUGGAUCGGCAGCAGCUUAUUUCCCCUCUACGCCGAAAGAAAUGUAUCGCAAGAUUUACUUCGCUGCUUACGACGGAGUCAUUGUUGGGCUUUCGGACCGUUUCGAACCAAGUUCGACUACGACCCAUUUGAAGAAAGUUGAAGAAUUUCUCAUUGGGAAAACUGGAGUUGAAUAUUUAGAGGAAUUCUAUCAGAAUGAUUUUGAAGAUUAUCAGCGACUCCUACUUCAUCGAAAUAUUGCACUGGAUGCAGCCAAGAGUGAAAAAAAAGAGAUUAAAGAUUUUCAGGACUUUCUCGACUUCCUCAAGAUGGAUCAUCAUAUGGGUAUUCGCUCUUUAGCAUCCGAAGUUAUCAAGCUAGUCAAGAUCGUUCUUACUAUGGCAGUCACGACUUGCACCGCUGAGCGUUCAUAUUCCGGUUUAAGGCGACUCAAAAGUUACCUACGCUCAACAAUGACUCAGAAAAGAUUGAACGCCGUCGCUCUACUAAACACUCACCGUGAUAUCGUUAAAACUUUUGAAUUGGACGUGCUUUUAGAUAAUUUCAUUGCCAAAGUUCACUUGCGUAUGCGAACAUUUUCUAUGUCAAAUGCCACAAACGGCAAGUCAAAUGUAAAGCCAAUUGACUCUUAGGAAUUAAUGUUUUUGUUAAGCUUAAGCAGGUGCAAUAUUCAAUAUUAUUUAUUAAUCCAGUUAUCUAAAAUCUAGAACACUUCAUUCCUUGAAUCCUUGUCCUCCUCCUUAUGAAUCAAUGCACCAUGCGCUUGUUGUUUCAAUACAGUUUCACUUUCAACAGUU